AGUGUCCACCAGAACAACAAAAGGUUGCAAGGCCACAGCGCUUGAGAUACACCCUCGUCGUCUAUGAGUAUGAUGAUUAUGAACGUGCACUACGCGCCAUGAACUGACAAAAUUGCUACCGGCACAGUUGUGUUACGGCUAUACUUCGUGGGACUUGUGCAGGAAUAUAACUUAUAUAGACAAGGAAGUUGUUGGAGUUUCGUAGUGCAAACCUGGCGAACGAUUUUGGCAUUCAUUGUACAAUGUCGGCGACUUUCUGACCUGGGAUUCCUGGUACAGAUUAAUUCUGGCGAUUGUGUGGAUUAUAAAGCUGUUUUGCAUGUAAUGAAUAGGGUUGUCGCAGUGGUUUUUAGGGGAAUUCCCCCUCAUUUCAACAUCACGGUUAAAUGGAAAAGGCCACGUCACCGUUCACUGUGCAAAUAUUUGAAAGAAAAACCCAUUGGCUAAGCUUGUGAUAUAACGAUUCAUGUACGAACAACCUUGCUACGACGUUUCUUAGCGUUGGGAAAACAUGGCGUCGUUCAACAGUUCUCAUUCAAUUCGCUCCUUUCGUAUACGUCUUCUCCUCAUGGGACUGCUUAUUCUCUCGAAGGAAGCACAUUCGAUUUGCCCGAGUGUCUGUCGUUGUGGAGGUCAGUAUGCUUCGUGUGGAUACCAGAAUCUUUCAGCGAUUCCAGUCGGGCUACCUGACGACAUACGGACCCUCUAUCUGGAGUACAACCAACUCACCAAGCUAGCAGCUGGCGAUUUCUCUAGAUUAUCUCAGCUGGAACAACUGUAUCUGUACAACAAUCACAUCAGAGUCAUCGAAGAUGGCGCAUUUCGCGGUCUGGCGAGUUUGAAAUUGCUGAGUCUCGAGAGUAACAACAUCGGCAUGCUAACUAACCGCACUUUUGAGGAAGUCCCUAACCUGGAAGAGUUGCACCUCCGAAACAAUCGCCUGUCUUCUUUAACUAGCGGCGUCUUCAGUCAGGUCCUUCGUCUUCGGGAACUUGAUUUGGCAAGGAACGACAUCGAGGAAUUCCCGACAGACGUCUCGCGAGACUUAAUGAACGUCGAAAUACUAGACCUGUCAUACAACCCAGCAAGUUUGCUGUUGACUCCUGUCUUUGGACAAAUGGUGGCUUUGCAACAUCUCAAACUGAACGAUCUUUCUGCGGCAAACAAUGCAUCUGUGGAGGAUUCUAUACCAGACUCAGCUUUUGACGGAUUGUCGAACUUAAGAAACCUCGAGCUCAGUGGUAACCGCCUCACCAAAAUCCCCUCAGCAGUCAAGACUCUUCCUAACCUGACUACCGUCAGUUUGUACCUAAACUCGAUUCAGUCUGUUAAUGCUGAUGAUUUUCACCAGCCCUCCUUGCUAGAAUGGCUCGAUCUUGAAUAUAAUUCCCUGGUUGAAAUCCCUACCUCUGCGUUGGCAGAGUUCCAACACCUCACAGAUUUGUACUUGAAUUACAAUCAUAUUCCAGUGAUCCCAUCCCUGGCAUUCUUGCACAACCCUCGCCUAGCCAUCUUGUAUAUGUCUUACACCAAUCUAACAACAAUCGAAAAAGAUGCGUUUGAUGGACUGGGUCGACUCGAAACUCUUUAUCUGAAAGGCAACAAUUUGACCACCAUAGUGGAUGGAGCAAUGAAUCGUGUUAACCCCAAUGUAAAUCUCGAGAUAUCUGGGAAUCCUAUCCGUUGUGAUUGCCAUUUGCGCGGGUUUGCAGCAUGGCUCAAGAACAAUCACACUGGAUCACUUAACGGAGGUAGUUCUCUUCAAUGUGUUACACCCGACCGUCUGAAUGAUACAUCAGUGGAAAACCUUCUUCCAAAUCAAUUCGCUUGCGAACCACGUUCAACUUCCCCCACUGUCACAGUCUCAGUACUUCCUGAAACUAAGGUAUUUUUACCAUGUGGUAUCGAUGCAGAUCCAGCACUGCAUACCUACUGGAUAACUAACAGCCACGAGAUAAUCUCUCCAGAGCAGUCUCAGACGUCCUUCGCUAUGGCCGAUAACGGUUCCUUGUCAAUUACCAACGUCAGCCGUUCCAAGGAAGGACUCUACACGUGCGUGGUCAGCAAUGAUGCUGGUGAAGCUCGAUACUCGGUCAUCCUUCAGGUAACCUCCAAUCCUACAUUCGGGCCUACAACCGAAUCUAGAUCUUUGGCAACAGCCACUGCAGCAUCCGACGGGACAGCAGGAACCCGUCAAAGUAGCGGGUUGGUGUUUGGUAUCGCUGCGAUUAUCUUGGCCAUCGUGUUAGCACUAAUAAUCAUAGCAGCUUUAGUCGUCAGGAGAAGGAAUCGCAAGUCAAAGCCUGCCACGCGCGACAUCCCAUUGCCGCCUUUACCACUGACAGAGAUUGGUGGACAAACCAAUAAUACUUUCAUCAAUUCUUGUAGCUCAUCAGCUGAAUCUGCAUACGAAGAGAUUCCAGCAGAUCGCAUCACAUGCGAUGCCGGUGGAUACUCGACCCGUAUAACUGAGCCUGGGGCGGAGCACUCUUCCACUGAAGUCGACCACACCUACUUCAGUCGCAUCAAUGACAGUACUGUCUCCCAGUGCGACCAAGGACUUAAGAGUGAAGCGCUUACGGUGAAGAUUCCAGAUAAUCGGUAUUCUGCACUACCGUCAUCAUCAACAAAUGCCGGAUACAUGACUAUGAAGCCUCAAACCGAGUGAAGACAUCACUGUUUGUAAAGCUAAUAGUGACACUCUAUCCGAUCCAAUUUUCCAAAAAAAAAAAAAACAAACAUUCAAGUUUGACUUUACGCCAACGAAUC